UUGGCUAGCCCCCCAUUGUCAAAUGUCCCGAGCGCGUUCCCGAAGUCGGAAUCGGCAAAGGUGAGCCGGGACAGCCUUCUUCCUCCGCCCAGCCGCCACAGUAAUUUGUCGUCAAGUCUGAAAAUGCGUAGAAGCAGGAGAGCUGCCACUGCACCAGAACCAAAUGUGCCUGACGAGGUGUCAGCACAGGAUGAGGCACCUGCCCCAAGGAGGCGGGGUAGGAGGCCUAGAGCUGCUCAAGUAGAGGAGCAGCCACCCCCAGUACAGGAUCAGUCCUUUAUGGCACAGGGUUCCAUGGACCCAAUGGCAGCUACCCUAGCUGGGUUACAGAGAACCAUCGACAUGAUGGCUCAAUAUAUGGUCCGCCCCCCACAGCAGCAGCAGUUCACCGCACCAAGAGAAGAACCUUACAAACAGAUUGUAAACUUCAAGAAGAUGGUGCCUGGUAUUUUUGAUGUGUCAGAUGACGCAUAUCGGUUUUUGGAUUCCUGCAGCGAGAGCAGAACUACUGAUUGGUGA